AUGUUUAGCAAAAUUGGUAUUGUCGGGGCCGGCAACAUGGGCUCCAUGAUGGCCUUCGCCUUUAACGAGCUCGGGCUCGACGUCUCCAUCUGGGACGUCAACCCAAAGAACCUCGACGGCAUCCGCCAGUGGAUCGGCCAAAAAAAGUUCACCGGAAAGGGCAAGGUGCAAGUCUUCAACGAGGUCGAUCAAUUCACCCAAAGUCUUGGCCAAGAUCAGAAACUCUUCAUCUUCUCCAUCACCCACGGAGACCCCGCCGACUCCGUGCUCGACAAGAUUCAGGACAGCCUGCAGAAAGGCGACAUCAUCCUCGACGGCGGCAAUGAACACUACCGCCGCACGGAGAAGCGCCAGAAACGCUGCGCUGAGCGCGGAAUCCAUUGGAUCGGUAUGGGCGUGUCCGGGGGAUACCAAUCUGCCCGCCAUGGCCCGAGCCUGUCCCCGGGCGGCGACCCGGACGCCAUCAACCUCGUUCUGCCGCUGCUCGAGAAAUACGCCGCUAAAGACGAGAAGACCAAAAAGCCGUGUGUCACCAACGUGGGACCAGCCGGGUCGGGCCAUUUCGUCAAAAUGGUCCACAACGGCAUCGAGGGCGGCAUGCUGUCCACCGUGGCCGAGGCGUGGUCGCUUCUGCACUACGGCCUUGAGCUGGGCUACGAGGAGAUCGCGGACAUCUUCGAGAAGUGGAAUUCGGAGGGCGAGCUACGCAACAACUUCCUCCUGGACAUCGGCGUGCAGAUUCUCCGCACGAAGAAGACUCCCCAGGGCGACAAGCAAGGCGAAGGCGCCAGCAAGGACGGAGGGUUUGUCCUCGACGAUGUCCUCGACAAGGUCGUCCAGGACGACGAUGACACCGAAGGCACACCCUACUGGUCCAUCAUGGAGUCGGCCGCCCGUCAUGUCUCCGCCCCAACGCUGGCCACGGCGCAUUUCCUGCGAGUGACCAGCGGAAACCGCGCAGAACGACUCGAAGUUGCCAAGAAGCUUGACCUCCCCACACCCAAACCUGUCGAGGGGGUCAAGGACAAGAAGGCGUUUGUCGAGAAGCUGCGCAGAGCAGUCUACUGCGCCUUCCUGUCCUCCUUCUGUCAGGGCCUGGAGCUGAUCGCCCGCGCUUCCAAGGACGAGGGCUGGAAUGUGGAUCUGAGCAAGUGUCUCCAGAUCUGGCGCAACGGCUGCAUCAUCCAAUCUGAAGCAAUCGCAGACUUGCUGCAGCCGGUGAUGACCAAGUCGCUGACCAAUGUCAAAUAUGUGGACGAGGUGGCGCGCGAGUUGCACAAGCAUUUCGACGCCUUGAAGGACACAGUCCUCGCGGCGACGGCAGCCGACCACUACACCCCGGCGAUUUCGGCGACCUUGGAAUACCUCAAGUACGAGGCCGGAACCAUGCUUCCGACGAAGUUCAUGGAGGCCCAGAUGGACCUCUUUGGUGCGCAUGCGUACAACAAGCCGGGUGUCAAGGGCGAGGACCCAGGGCCUCCCGUCCGCAUUGCCGUCAUCGGCGGCACUGGCUUGCGCGAACUCCCUGGCUUCACCCAGGUCGCCUCCCUCUCCGUCAACACUCCCUGGGGCACUCCCUCCUCUCCCAUCACCAUCCUGCACCACAAGUGCUCCCACAACAACAAGACCGUCGCCAUUGCCUUCCUCAGUCGCCAUGGCGCCCACCACCAGAUCGCCCCCCACGAGGUGCCCGCCCGCGCCAACAUUGCCGCCCUGCGUUCCAUUGGUGUCCGCACCAUCAUCGCCUUCUCCGCCGUCGGCAGUCUGCAAGAGGCCAUCAAGCCCCGCGAUUUCGUCAUUCCCGACCAGGUUAUUGAUCGCACCAAGGGUAUCCGUCCCUUCACCUUCUUUGAGGGUGGUGUCGUUGCCCACGUGCCUUUCGGGGACCCCUUCGACGAGGGCGUCGCCAAGGUCGUCAGAGCCUGCGGACACAGCUUGGAGGGCGAGGGUGUGGUUCUGCACGACCGGGGUACUCUGAUCUGCAUGGAGGGACCUCAAUUUUCUACCCGUGCCGAGAGCAACAUGUACCGCUCUUGGGGUGGCAGCGUCAUCAACAUGUCCUGCCUGCCCGAGGCCAAGCUGGCCCGUGAGGCGGAGAUGGCCUACCAGAUGAUUUGCAUGUCCACCGACUAUGACUGCUGGCACGAGUCGACCGCGGAUGUGACUGUGGAGAUGGUGAUGGGGCACAUGAAGGCCAACGCUGAGAACGCCAAGCGCUUUGUCACGGCGGUGUUGGACGCCUUGGCUUCCGAUGAGCACACCGAGCUGGUGCAGGCCAAGCAUGUGGAGGGCUCCAUCAAGUUUGGACUCAGCACUGCUCAGCCCAACUGGAGCCCCGAGGCUCGUGAGCGCAUGAACUGGCUCUUCCCUGGCUACUUCAACUAG